AUCAAGCCGGCAUGCAGCAGCAGUAGCAGGCUGGGCUUUGGGAUCCAUUGUUCCAUGUUUUUUCCACCACCCGGGUUUCUUCCUUCUCAAUAAGAAGCCAGGGUAGAAAAAGCAAAGAGGAACACAGAAACAUUAAAGGAGCUGAGGUUUGUCUGGGCAGGAUUUUUAUUUCCUCAGCCAUAGUGUUGUGGACAAAGGAGAAAGACUCUCCAGCUCUUUGCUGUUGGCCAGGCUUGCAGUUGACUGCAUUGGGAAGUAAGCGCUCUCAGCGUGGCGGCUAUGGGGCUGCCUGGCGGAGCUCUCCUUCUGCUGGGGGUUCUGAAACAAACACCGUGCCUCUUCAUCUGGAAGUUAUCCCUGCUCCUUUUCUCCAUCUGGGCACUUGAUGCACAAACCACAGUGGAAACUAAACCCUUGUACAUCUGGCAAACAGGUCCAUGGGGUCGGUGUAUGGGCAGUGAGUGCGGACCUGGAGGCAGCCAGAGCAGAGCGGUGUGGUGUGCCCAUUCUGAAGGCUGGACCACCCUCCACACAAACUGUGACCAGGCAGAGCGGCCGGAAAACCAGCAGAGCUGCUUCAGGGUGUGUGACUGGCACAAAGAUCUUUACGAAUGGCAGCUGGGUGCUUGGAACCAGUGCGUCCCAGUAAUGAUGCGCAGUGGUGGGGUGCAGCGGCCAGCUGUGUGCACACGUGGAGAGGAGGGCAUACAGACUCGUGAAGUGGGCUGUGUUCAGAGAGCCGAUGGCGAGCCUGCACAGGAUGCAAUUUGUGAAUACUUCGAGCCUAAACCGAGGCAGGAGCAGGCUUGUCUAAUACCCUGUCCUCGUGACUGUGUGGUGUCUGAGUUCAGUCCGUGGACUUCAUGCUCUAAAACAUGUGGCAUUGGCUUACGGAAUCGAAUACGCUUUGUUCUGGCGCCACCACUGUUCGGUGGGUCUGCCUGCCCCAAUCUAACUGAAUUCCAGACGUGUCAGCCUGGACUGUGUGAGGGGGAGGACAACCUCUACAGCCUCAGAGUUGGACCAUGGGGCUCCUGUUCUGUCCCAUUGCCAAGGCAAGUCAGGCAAGCUGAAAAACCGAGCCGGGAGAACAGCAAAAGAUCCAGGGAAAGUGAUAAACCUGCUAAAGAAGGCAACAAACAGUCCAGAGACGGUGGAACACCAUCCAAAGGAGGGGAAAAACAGGCCCGAGAAGAACGCAAGAAAAAACGCAUGAGAGACGAUGAGAAACAGUAUGAAGAAAAGGAAACAAAGUCCACAGAAGGGGAGGAGAAAGUGUCCAGAAAUGGUAACAAACCCCCAUCAGGUAACAGAAAACUGGGCCGAGCAAACAGGAAGCAAGGCAAAGCCUUCAGACAGGCCGAUCGACCCAAGCGGCAGAAAAAGGUAAAAAACAAGGCAAAAGAAGACAAAAUGAGAGAGAAGGUCAAAGGAAGGAUAAGAGAGAAGGGGAAGCCGAAAGACCCAGAGACCAGAGAGCUGAUCAAAAAGAGGAGGAACAAGAACCGGCAAAACCGUCCAGGAGGAAAAUUCUGGGAUCUUCAGGUCGGCUACCAGACCAGAGAGGUGACCUGUGUGAAUAAGAGCGGAAGCAUUGAAGCUCUGAGCCUGUGCUCCCAGGAGACACUCCCAGUGACCUUUCAGGCCUGUGUGGUUCCCAGAGACUGUGAUGUGACUGAGUGGUCUGAAUGGUCAGCCUGUUCCAAGCAGUGCUAUGACCCCAGCGGGGCAAAAGGGGAGCGAACCCGCAAUAAGAAAGUCAGUCAGUUCCCGAUCGGUGGAGGAGCGGAGUGCCCAGAACUGGAAGAAAAGGAGCCGUGCAGCCCCCAGGUGGGAGAAGCCCCACCGUGCAUUAUGUGA